CUGUCAAAUCAAAUGUCAAUCUGUCAUCACUAGACACAAAAAUAUCCAGCAAUGUUUUUCAACCAAUAGAAUUUUUUUCCCUAGAAUAUGAUUAAAGUUAACAAAAUUGAAUGAAUAAACACAAAGAAUCUAAAGUAACUGUCGUAAAUGUAAUGAUUCAAUAAUACAUUGUUAAAUAAAUCACAGCAAUCUAUAAUAGUGAAAUGUAAACAAGUUUCGUAAAAUGUGUAAAUCUUGACAAAUUUAAAGUUUAUUUUUGUAUAAUGUAUUGACUUUACGUAUAUACAAUGAAUCCGUACAAAGAUGUGGAAGAAAGCUCCUUCUCAGCAUCUCCACGCCUGGCCUAUGAAGACAUAGCGUCAAAACUUCUAAAAGAUAAUCUUUACCUAACUGCUUUGGAACUUCAUACAGAGCUUGUCGAAAAUGGCAAGGAACUACCUCAACUGCGUGAAUUCUUUUCAAAUCCUGGGAAUUUUGAGCAACAUGUCACAAGGAGCGCAGAUUUUGCUUCUAUGCACCGAUCUCCAAGUCAAGCAACUUUAGACUCUCUAGACACAGCAAGGUAUUCUGAGGAUGGCGGUGGCGACAGGGCAGGCAGUGGAGGUGAUGUUGCAGUCCUAGAGUUUGAGCUGCGUAAAGCAAGGGAGACUAUAAAUGCUUUAAGAGCCAACCUUACACAGUUUGCAGAUGGAGAUUCAGCUCUAGAUAAUAAUUCUAAAAGCAAUUUCAACCAAAGAUCUCUAAAACCACAUGAGAAAAGAGCUCUCAACUUUUUAAUCAACGAAUAUCUCCUUCUACAGAAUUAUAAACUGACUAGUAUAACAUUUUCUGAUGAAAAUCCUGACCAGGAAUUUGAAGAUUGGGAUGAUGUUGGCUUGAAUAUGCCACGCCCAGCCAAUCUGAUAUCACUAUUUUGGGGAAGCACAACAAAUAUGAAUGUGCCCAAAGCCGAUGCAAGUACUGCAACAGACAUGUGUACUGCAAACAUCAUGUGCCAGACAGAAAAUGAUGAUGUGUGUGUGAGUUGCCCGAUAUCAUUAGACCAUGACAAUGAGUGGAAUCAUGAGCUUUUAAUACAAGCGGAAGAGAUAGAAUUACUGAAACAGAAAAUAACAGCAUUGGAAACGGAGAAAUUGAAUUUUCAAAAAUUAUAUGACGCAGCAUUAGUUAGCCUCAACUCUCUUACAAGUCCCACAUCCGAAAGUAAAGUUCUAGAAUUACAAAUAUCAAGUGAAAAAAUGCUCAGUACGCAGUCAAGGUUGGAGCAAGUGAAUGAGAUUAAGCCACUGACAUGUACAGCUAUGGAGAAUCAUUAUGGAAGUGGAAAUUCAACUCACAGUGCAACGCCUGAGCAGUUUGAAAUGAUAUAUAGUGAGAAAACAAGUACUGGGAUGACAAAGAAGGAUGGCUCAAACACCAGUUCAUUCGAGCCGGGUUUGAUCACAGACAGUGUGCGCGGUUCCCCUGUCCGGCGAGGCAGCGUGACCACACUCGACGAGACACUCAGCAUGAACGAUGCGAGCGAGUGGACCCGCGUGCACUACGACUACAACACCAUAGACAACAGCAAGGAGAUGUGGAUUGACAGUUCCCUUCCUAACCAUUUAAAGGAAUCCAUCCUAGCGUGGUGCAAUGAGACGCUGGAUAUGAAUGGACCUCUGGCGAACGACUUGUUGUGCGAACUGGUGAACAGCGAGAAACCUAUCACUCUGCCGGGAUUGCUGCCACUUGUUGCUGACACUUUGCCCAGAGUUCUACCGCACACGUUGGUAGCUAGACGCAGCGAGGCGGCGGCCUUGUUAGCGGCGGCGGCGGCAUUAUUACCACCAGGCGACGCACGGCGACCGCGGCUACUGCAUUCCUUACUGACGCUCUACAAGAAACCAGAACCACCAGACGCCAAAGCUGUAUGCGAAGCAACAUGUCUAGUAGUGAAAUGGGGUGGCAGCGGUGAGGUUCUAUCUUCAAUAGCCGAAUUAUUAGCCUCAAGGUCACCCGAGCGACGUGUUUUAGCCAGUCAGAUAUGCCUUUCCAUAGCCCCAUACGUCCCCAUAGAACUGUGCACGUCUUUGCUACUGAGUCUAGUAGUUUUGAUGUGCGAAUCUAGUGAACCAGAGAUAAGAAGCAUAGGCCUUAAGUCAGCAUGUCUAAUUUGUCCUGUCGCCGAACAUAAGUAUGGGCAACUGGAGACUAUUAUGUUCAAUUUCCUGAAGGAUACAGUUGAUAAAAAUGUGAAGGACACUGUAAAUGUAUUCGUCCCAGUGUUGGCGAGGAGUGCUUUAAUUGCUGGAAAGUUUUCAUCAGAACUGUGCACCAAAAUUAUGUCAAACAUAUUAAAAGCGUGCACAGAUACCGAAUGGAAAACCGUGAUUCUAUACUUAGAUGUAAUGAGAUCUUUAGUUAUACCCAAACUGGCCUACGUGAUAAAUGUACAAAUAGUUAAGGACGCGAAUGUGAAUAACUGUGAUAUGGAAACUAUUAACCUGCAAGAUGUACCUUUGAAUGAGAAAUUUAUUGAUUUACAAUGUUACAUGACUGACCAUUUGGACGCUAAAGUGUUGUUAGGAUAUAUGAAUAGUUUGUUAAAAGAUAAUGAACAAGUUAGGUGGACGGAAUUGAAGUGGUUUAUCAAUGAGAUAAAACAAAUACUCGAAAUUGCAACAAAAAGCAAAGCAUUGAACCACCACGUGUUAUACGAGGCAGUUAUAACGUUAUUUACCGCUUACGUCGAUAACUUCGGGCUUGAGUUCACGUCGAGAAUACUCAGGCCGAUAUUCAACGACAUUAUUGCGGAAUUGGAGAAUAAAUUGGAGAAAUUGCACGCGGUGAAUGUGGACAGUGUUGUAGUUGUCGGUGUUUAUUUAGUUACGAUUUUAAUUGCGAUAGAGAAGAGCGAGCAACGUGCAGAGUUUCUUCAAAAGUGGGUUCUAUACAGUAGUAUCAGAGGGCUUCCAGUGAAAAUAUUCUCAAUACCUUUCAAGUGGCUGGCGAAACACAAGCCGGAUAUACUGUACUUGUUCAUGGAGCAAUUGCGAGAAUUCGCAGCGAGCAGUUGCGACAGCUCGAGUGGCAGCACGAUACGUGUGUACAUCGCAACGCUCGUCACUGAACUGCUGAAUUUGACCGACGUCGAAGAAGAGUGUAUAGAGAAGCAAAUGCUACCGGCUGUUGUUGCGCUACUCUAUGAUAACGAUAUAGCUGUUCGAGAAGUCGCGAUCACAGCGUGGGGCAGCGUGACAAGAACCUGCCUAGGCCGCGGGCUGGCGUGCGAGGAACAGUGUUGGGCGCCGUUUGAGAACAUUCUAAACGCGGGCGCAGUGUCAGGGCGAGAGGGUGCACGCGCGGCGGAGGCGCUAGCGCUGCUCGUGCUGCCCACUGUCGACAGCCACGCUGUUUCUGAGAGAGCGGUGUCGCUGCUGUGCGCGCUGUGCCACGCGCGCGCGGCGGGCGAGUGCGUGUGCGCGCUGGCGCCCGCGCUGCAGCUCGCCGCGCACCACUGCGCGCACCACCCCACGCUGCUGCCUGCGCUGCGGAAACUCGAGGAGACAGUACAAACGCCGUCUCUAGCUCAAUACAAGCCCGCUAUCGAAGCCCUACUCCACGUGGUGGGGUCCUCCGCGGAGGUCCCAAGGGUGCCCUCCCCGCGUCCCACCACCAACCUACAGGCGGCGCAGGAGGUCGGCCGGAGGGUCACACAGAUAUUCCAACAGUCGAAGAGCAAUAUGAACUUGCAGAGUAUAUUCAAAAAGAAACCUUAACUCACACUACUAAGGUUUCUUUUUAAAUAUACUACUAACUAUACAUAAUACUGCUUGUGUUACAGCCUGAUUCAAACUCUAUUACAUCUCGGAACAUUGUGAGUUAUCUAAUGGUAGGCGUCCACAUAUCCACAUCGUAGGUAUCGGAUUGAAGUGAUUUCAAACGGAUUUUAGUAUUGAAUCAACUUCGUAACGUAAACGUACCUAUGGCCUGUGUUAUUAGUACUAAUAUAGCUGACUAUAAAUUACUAUACUCUGGGCUAAAUUUUAGGUAUCAUCGGUAAGCGCCUUGAUUUCAGUGGACGUUUGCGCAAAGCGACAUUCACAGCUAACUUUCAAGAUGUCAUAAAGUUUAAAUCGGGUUGUACUUGUUUUAUAUUUGAGCAAAGGCCUGCAGUGGUCAGAACUUCGUGAUUUUAUGAAAGUACCUAAUAAUGUAAAUAACGUCACCCAUGCUUCUAUCUUAAUUAUAAAGCUUUAUAAAGUCACGAAGGUCUGAACAUCACAGGCUGACAGACCAUGUAUGGUAUUGAUUAAUAAAGAGUAAAAUUGCGUCAAGAAUUCAAUUCCAAUCUCUAAAAAGAUGGACGUGAACGUAAUUUUACUUAUUUUUAUUUAAUUUAUACUAAAAAAUAUUAAUUAAAAAACCUAGGCUAGUGACAAAACUGAGUAGAGAAUUGACUUGCAUAAAAAUAUUUUGUCUUUUAUGUUUAUACAAUGUUAUUAAUUACACCUGAUUCCUAUAAAGGAGAUGGUCCAUUUCAGGUCUUGUACCCCGUAUCAUUAAAAUUUAUAAAAUACAAGGAUUUUAUUAAAAUCUAAAUAACUAAAUAAAAAGAAAUAAAUAAAAUUAAAACCCAAGUUUUUGAGUUAUAUCAAGAUGGCGCCCUUAUAGCAACUAUGACAUAACAAUUGACAGCAAACGUCAAAUCGACUACUGCAUUGAAAAUGUCAUCAAUCCGCUAUUACUACCCUUAAUAGUGUUGCAUUUCUUGGUAGAGAAUAAAUAUUAUUUCGAAAGAAUUAAAGGAAAUUCGUAGAUUUAUAUAAACAAAAAUAGUUAAAAAAAAUAUUUUCUUUUAUUACCGCCAGGGUACAAUGACUGAUCCUGGGCUCCAUACAAUUUUGGACCAUCUCCUUUAUUAAUCAUUAAAUGAACAAAAAUUUUUUUUAAAGACAUACAAAUAAAUAAAAGAUCAAAAGAAAAAUUACAUAUAGUUCUAGUAUUUAUUUCUUUAAUUAUUAACAUGUUAUAUUAUUAAUACAAUUUUCCACUCAUAUUUUCCUCUAGCUCUAUGUAUCUGAAAGUACUCGAUUUAUUUUUAAGCCAAUACAAAUUAGCCAAUAGUAGAAAUGUUGACGUUAUGGUAGGGGAGCCCGUAAUGCUGAAUGAGAAUUUACUCGAGUGUCGCGGGGACUUUUUAGCUGGCAAGUAACUCGCCUUACUUUAAUCAUUUUUCAUUACUUUACCGAUUGGUUGCUCUAAACGUAUGACCCUUUAUUUAUAAAGGGUUCAUAAUUAAUAGAGGUACUCAACAACAUGCAAUGUAUCCUCCCUUUGUUCAACUGCAGCGCUCCAGAAAAUUCUAAAAACCCCUAUUGGGCUCCCCUAUUAUUAGGGAGUUUAAAAUAUUAAUAUAUUAUAAACGAAAUAUUUUUAAAUUGCAACGCUUUGAAUCAUCAAAGGCUUCUGUGCGUCCAUUGAAGCAUUUUCUACGUUCAUCUAAAGUGUUUUUCAGAUAGCAUAGUGACAGUUGCCUUAUGACGUUCCUAUUAUGUACUAUUAUCGUGAAUCGCGGCAAACUUUCAAGAGUGAAACGAACUGUCACCGUACCCACGCUAUCUAAAAAACACUACAAUGUUUAAUCCAUAGGUUCUCAACAUAGGCAAUAAUGCCCACUUGUGGACUUAGGAGAUUUUCAAGGAGGUUGUAAAGAAACAAUAGAAGUUAAAAGGCAUUUAGAUGGCACAUAAGUGAAGUAGGCAAAUUAAAAUAAUAUAAUUUAAAAAAAUAAUAUUUAAAAUAAUUGUGAUGGGCGUAGCGGAUAAAAAGUCUUAAAGGCGGUGGGCGAAACAAGGUUGAGAACCUAUGAUCUAUUUACUAGAUAAACAACUUUUUUUUUGCAAUGAACGGUUUAUGCUGAGCUGUAAACUCUUUCUGUUUGGUAUCAUAGACAGUUAUAUAAUAUCUUAAAUAGGAUGUACUGUUUGUGACACUAAAAAGAAUAAACUCAUUUUCUUUCUAUCUUCGUUCUUUGACGGCUUGAAGAGUUGUGACGAACGUAUUUAAAUGCCUCCGUGGACAACGGGCGUAACAUCAUAAAUUGCUAUCAAACUUCAAAUAUGAGCUAUUUUUACACCACUAUAAAUAUUUAUUUCUUUAUCAUCUAUGCAAUGUUUUUUGUACCGUAGCUUGCACAGAAGAAUGUGAUAGAACGUAGAUAUACGUCUAUAUUAUUUGGCAUUCAAAGUGCGAUCUACUUACGACUAGCUGACGCUGCGCGGUUUCGCCCGCGUGGUUCCCGAUCCCGUAGGAAUACGGGGCCCUAUAGCCUUACUCGAUAAAUGGGCUAUCUAACACUAAAAGAAAUUUUCAAAUCGGACCAGUAGUUCCUGAGAUUAGCGCGUUCAAACAAACAAACAAACUCUUUAGCCUUUAGCCUUUAGUAGAACUAGAUCUUGAAAUAAGUUCGGACACCUAAUUUUAGAGCGUAUGUGACAUAUCUAUUUCUUUUUAAUAAUAUUAUAAAUUUUAAUGCAAUAUCAUUGAUUUUAAGAAUAAUAUAUAGAUGUCGAUUAAUGACAAAUCUGUUAUUAUAAUUUAGUAACUUCAAUUAUACAAUUUCUGUUAAAAUUAGAUCAUUCCAAUUUUCCACUUUUUAUGGAAACAAGCGACAAUGUACUUAAUUACUUUAUAAUGUAGAAUUGGAAAAUUAAUAAGUGAGAAAUUGGAUUUUAACCUUCAACUAACCAUUAUUUAUUAGACGCUUCUAAAUUAAUGUAAUUUUAUUUGUUAAAAAAAAGUAUUCUCUUACAUUAAUAAAAGUAAUUCACGAAGUUUAAGGUGUCAGUAGUUAUUAGGAAUGGCGUAAACAAAUGUUAAAGACAGCAUGACGCAGAUAAAAUAAAUCAGAUAAUUCCAUCGACCUCUCAUAAUAAAAGGACGCACAAUCAUGUAGAAAAUUUCACUUAAAAACUGGCCAAUUUUACUUUGCCAGUUUUAGAGCUAUUAGUAAAGAAAAUUAUACCGAAAGGCCUUUAAAUAUAGUUCAAUAUUCAAUAAAAUCCCAAAUUCACAGCAAAUUCAACCUUAAGGCUUAAGUUUAAGGUCGAAUUUGCAAAUGCGACUACUUGAUUUGAGUGCCAAGAAGUUGUGUUUGGCACUCAUUGAGUGGGAACGUUUUUUGGUCGCUGAUUGUGCCUCCACUUUUAAUAGGAGAUCGAUAGAAAAUUCACGGAUUUAGAUUCGGAGCAAUUACCUUCUAUAGGACCUGCCUCGCUAGAGGUUACCCAUCUGUCAAAACUAUUUAAUCAUGAUCAAAUGUGUUACCUGCGUCUAUAGAAUCGAUGUUCCAUUGUGUUAAAAUUACACGUGUGUGUUAUAACGAUUUAAAAUUUUAGUUGUGUGUAGCGUAAGGACACAGGAUAUAUUUAUUGGUGUUGAAUAUUUUCUAUGUGUAAGUUAACCUCGUCCUUCUUUAAAAAAACAACAGACAAUUUUGUUGGUGAAUUUGAGUUGCAAGUCCAAUAGACGGUAAUUGGUCUAAGACUCGAUAUCGAUUUAUUUUUUAAUUUCUAAAAGUAAUCCUUUUUUGGUAGUCUUAUUGAACGUUAUAAAAUUAAUACUGUUAGAGAUAAUUUGUUUUGAAGAAUAAAACAUUUGGUUGUGUUGUCUGCGCAAUGCCUUCAGAGUAGACACUGUUUUUAUUCGUAGAAACGGCAGCUUUUAUCGUUUUACAUGGCAAUGAUAUAAUUUACAAUAUACAGGAUGCUCCGGAGUAUUAUCCAUAAAUCUAGGGUUAUAUUCUUUAUCGAAAAUUAAUUAAAUAUGUUUAAAGAACAUGCGUUCUAAACUUAAUAUUUUCGGAGUAAAUAAUAUUAUUUUUGAAAAUAGGUCUUAAAAUGUGUUCCAUAUACGCAUCCUAUAAUUAUGACGUAGCCAAAUUUUAAAAUGCAAGGAUAGAAAAAAACAUUCAUUUAUUCACAUGGAUAGUCGAAAUUAUUUGAAUUACUUUGUAUGCACAGAGUAUUUACAAGCAGUGCGGUGAAGGUGACGAAACCUAUAAAAAAAACAAACGUCACGCGUCUCCUUGACAUCCGCAUAUACAAACAUUUUUCAUAAUUUGUAUUUCAAAAUUUAAGACUAACAAUAAUUAUGUGGGUAAAUUAAUAUAAUAAUCAAUUAUUGCCAAUGAAAAAAUACUCCGUCUUAUGUCUUUAGUUUUUUUAGUGUGAACAGUUUUUAAAAUAUUUAACGCCAUAAAACGCCAUUUUUCUUUAAUAUUGAAAGUUACUGAUGCGACGCUUCGUGUCGUACUGACUCGAGAAUGUAUUGGUUUUUGAAUUUUGUAUUUGGAGCGGCUACGACACCGUCGUGUUCCGUGCGCUCCAUCUGCCUAUUAUUCCUAUAUUCUUAAUUUGUGUUUGUAUGAUUGAAAACAACACAUAAAGUUUUUAUUUUUUAGUUCAACAAAUAUUAGUUAUGCAGUUCGGCUCCUAUAAGUGGACCUUGAAGUUAUGGGAAAUACUCCCGAGCACCCUGUAUAUUACUGAAAUAAUAUAUGUUUUCGAUUUUCUAAUACUUAUAUGGUGCUAAGCGAACUUUGUUUCCUAUAAUUAUGUUGUAUUUAUUGUAUAAGUUUUAAGUAUUAUUUGAAAGUUUUUAUUACAGUAGAUGUGGUUGUUCAAACGAAUUAUUUUGAGCAUGUUGUGGUUCAAUAUAAAAAGUACCUGUGAAAGUUACGAUCUAUUUGGUUGUCCUGCUAUAUAUGGUCGGAUACAAUAUUUACGACGUACGUCAUAGAGUCAAGACGCGUGAAGCAACGGGGUGAUGACUUGCUGCCGCGCCCCUACGUUACCGCUGAUACCUAAAAUCUGGUAUUGCGCAGCUUAACGCACGAUGUUCCGAAACGUCAUAAAGCAUUGAAUCCGACUAUACUCGUUUUAAUAUAUGUUAUUGUUAUAUAACUAUCUAUCUAUUUAGUUAUAUAAGAUAGUAUAGUCAGUGGCGUGCAUAAGGCUAAAUUCACCUAAUUAGGAAAAUCUGCAUUUGAUAAGCAUAAAGAAAAGCGCCGGCAAUAUACCAAGCGUGUAUAUACACUGAAGGUUAAUUUCGUUAUUGAAUGAUCAUUUUACACACAUAAAAUAAAUAAAAAUAUAUAAACGAUGGUAAUGGCGUCAACAAUGUGUUGCUAUGGUUACCUACGUAUAGCAACUUACACCUGAAAAUGUCUUCGCAUAGUUUAACUUUAAGAAAUUAAAUAUCACGUGUCUCAAACGGUGAAGGGAAAACAUCGUGAGGAAACCUGCAUACCAGAGAAUUUUCUUAAUUCUCUGCGUGUGUGAAGUCUGCCAAUCCGCAUUGGGCCAGCGUGGUGGACUAAGACCUAAACCCUCUCAUUCUGAGAAGAGACUCGAGCUCAGCAGUGAGCCGAAUAUGGGUUGAUAAUGAUGAAUAGUUCAACUUACAGGCCACUUACUAUACCUACUCAUACGACUACCUACUUGUUGACAAUAUGAUGAUAUUAUUUGUGUUAGACAUUAAUGUUGAUGUACUUAAUAUGCUUGCACGCAUUCUACGAAUCUCAUGACAUUGGAACAAAGAUUUAAUUCGUUAGAUCUACCUUUAUGUACCUAAAGUCUAGAUAUUUUUUUCGUCACUUGGGUUUUGAUAGCGAGUAAAUUAUAAACACAGGUUAUCUAGAUCUAGAUAUUUAGUGUGAUCAUAGCUAGAACUUACUUAAUUAUUGUCGGAGUAUACCCAACUUGUUUGUUGAACUCAUACGGGGCCCUUAGUUAUGAGCUUGUUCAUACAACGCGCUAGCUCUUACAUUUUCUUUUAAUUUGACACAACUUUACUUAAAAAUAGAUUAUUGAUGGAGAAACAGUUCCAUGAUUUUCAUAGUAAAGGUAAAUCUAGCGAAGUAAAUAUUUGUUAAUUCUUAGACUAAUACCACUUCAACUCUAUUGUUAUAAAUUUUCAAGUUACGUGUGAUAAUAUAAUAAAUACUAUGAUGAAUAUGAAAUUAUUUUAACGUAUCGUAUCGGCACAUGAAACUAUAGGUUGUGUCAACAUAAAAGUAGUGAAAAAAAUAUACAUUUGAUAAUUAAA